AGAGUGUGUUGAACUUAACUAUUAAAUUUUAUGUACAGCAUUUAUGUUUAUAGAACUCCUAUACAAUUAUUGUAAGUCAGCCAUGAAUAUUUUCAAAUUUUAUGGGUCUUUAGUGAGGAGAUAUCCAACACUGGUGCAAUCACUGCAAGCAGGGAGUCUAAUGGCAGUGGGUGACAUCACUUCACAAGUUUGCAUUGAGAGACGCUCAGGACACCAGUUUGAAUGGGCUCGUCCAGCACGUUUUUUUGUCCUUGGCACCUGUAUUGUGGGCCCCACACUGAAGGUGUGGUAUGGAUAUCUGGACCGGUGGUUUGGUGCUCAAGGCAGAAGAGGAGCGUUCAAGAAAGUAUUGGUGGACCAAGCAUUGUUUGCUCCGACCUUCACUGUUGUGUUCCUCACAUCUCUGGGUGUUCUUCAAAGAAAGAGCUUUGGGCAGAUCAAAGAACAGAUCAAGAGAGAUUAUGUUGACAUCGUCCUAGCUGGUUACAUGGUUUGGCCAGCUGUGCAAGUGGUGAACUUCUCGUACGUGCCUCUUCAUUUGCAAGUGCUGGUAGUUCAAACGUUUGCCCUCUUCUGGAAUACAUAUCUUGCUUGGAAGACCAAUAGAGAACUCGAAGCAUCUCCUGACCUCGAUAAAAGAUGAUUCAUAGUAUUCUUUAGUUUUGCUGUUUGAAUUUUGAAUGAGACUGUGUAUGGGUUGUUGUUGUCUCUCUAAAUGCGGAUGCAGAUUCUUUUCACGAUGGCAAUUACUGGCACAGGUAUAUGUCCACAAACUGGCGUGUAGUUUGUCAUAAACUGCAUUUGUCACAAUUCUGCACAGAAUGGGCAGAGACCAGCCAAAGGAGCUGGACCAUGAAUGUCAAGACCACUUAACACUAGUUAACUAAAUAUUCAAUGGCAAGGAUUUAGCUAAAAAAUGUAAUAUUUGCUGAUCAAAGAAUUCUUGGGCUCACCUUCAUAAUCAGUUCUGCUAAAAGUUUACCAACCAUUGCAACCUAUUGGCUAUUUGCAAGAUUAAACUCUUAAGUUAAAAACUUCAGGUGGACAUAUUGAAUGAUUUUAAGUAGGUAACGAACUGUUUUUUUUCUUUUCGUGGCCGAAUCUAUAAUUCUAUCUGAAAUUUUCGAAAGGCCCGAACACCGCAAGUGGACGCUUAAACUGUAAAAUUAUAACCCAAGCUUCCAUUUUCGUGGCCCGUUAUUUACUGGACUUGAAAUUUCACGGGGUGUGAGACAACCUUUUGAUAAUAAAAGCUCUGGCACAUACCAUCUACUAGUCAUUGAUAGAUACGAUUGUUUGCAGCUUUUCUCUUCUCAAUUACUCCUACUUAUUUUUAUUCAUUUUCUAAUGAACUUCCUAUGAUCAGACCUGGUCUUUGGAGGUCUUUGGAGCUGCUCUUAGCCUCGUUGCUUUGUAGUUUUUUCAUUGAUUUAGUGAUUGGAGUCUCGUCCACGUAUUUCUUGUCACAUAUAUUGUCAAUAAUCACGCUUUCAAAAACCGCCUCAGAUUCAUUUGUUUGGUCGCCAUGUCGACGUUGUUUGUGAUGUUUAAUGUUACGUUCGAUGUGGAGCUAAUCGAGCAUAUAAAAUUAGCCUAGGUGUCAA